AUGAUUAACGAGUUCGUCAAAACAGGGGCUUUUGACUUAAUUGUUGUUGAUUCGGUUGCUGCUCUGACUCCUGCUUCAGAGAUAGAUGGAGUGAGUAUUCCAGGUCAGCAAGCUAAAAUGAUGUCAGAACAGCUCUCUAAGCUCGUUUCAAAAGUCAACCAAACUAAGACGGUCAUCAUCUUCAUCAAUCAAGUGCGUUCAACCAUGAGUGGACUAUUCUUAAAUAAAGAAACCACUCCAGGAGGGUCAGCACUAAAAUUUUAUUCUUCUGUACGUAUAGAAGUUAAAUCUGGAGAAAAAAUCAAAGAUGGAAUUGAUACUAUUGGUAAGAAAACCACGCUUCAUACUGUUAAGAAUAAGGUAUCAGCUCCAUAUAAAAAACCGUCUGUUAUUAAUGUCUUUGGGGAUGGAUUCUCUCAAGAAAUAGAUAUAGUCACAUUAGCGAUUCAAAUGGGAGUUGUUAAGAAAAUGAAUGAAUGGUACUCGUUUAAUGGCCAAAAGCUUGGUCGUGGAAUCUUUAGCGUUAAGGAAUACCUAGCAAGUCAUCAAUCUGUCUUUGAAACACUUAAACAUCUAACUAGAGAAUCACUACAAUUCUACUAA